AUGUCGCCUUGGUUUGUCACGAUUUACGAUUCCCUUAGCCUUGGAAAUGUUUUUUUAUUUUUACUUUUGCUGUUCCUCCUGCAUUACUUGAUGGUGCUCUACGAGUUCAGAAACAUGCCACCCGGUCCACGCUUAACAACUCUCCCUGUGCUUGGAAACAUAUUUUCUCUUGACCAUAAGGCGAAACGAUUCCCCGACACCUUUAGAAGGUCAGUAUUCAAGUCGCAGUCAUCAUUACUUAUUGAUAUAUUGAUAUGGGGGUGGCCCUGUACGUUUUGGACAUGCAGAAAUGGGCAUAGAAAGUACAAGUCUACAGAAAACCACUUGCAAAAACACCAUCAUGUUGUUUUAAGGAAUAUGCAUAAAAGAGUGCGGCUAUUACAUAAUGUUAAAUUGCAACGUGUGCAGAAUGCUGCGGCUAGACUUUUACUGAACUUAGGUAAGUACCCGCAUAUUUCUCUCGCGCUUUAUCAACUUCACUGGUUACCAGUACAACAUCGUGUUCAUUUUAAGAUCUUGAUUUUAACAUUUAAAGCUAUUCAUGGAUUGGCGCCUAAGUAUAUAGACUGUAUAUCAUAGAACUAAUUAACAUUAAGCCUAGGUCUAUAUAUAAUCUUAGAUCAAAUCAAAGUUUAUUGCUAGACCCUCCUAAAGGGAAAAUGCUUGUCACGUUAGGUGACAGAUCUUUCUCUGCUGCUGCCCCAUAUUUAUGGAAUAGUUUGCCGGCUGAAUGUAAAUUAAAUGUAAGCUGAAAACUUAUUUAUUUCGUGCAGCUUUUACAACCGAACCUGUUUGACGUUCACUUUAUUAGUAUUACUAAUUAAUGUUAUGAUCAUUAUUAUAAAUAUUCUAUAUUAUUAUUAUUGAUAUACGUGGUUAAUAUUCAUGUACAUGUAAUUAGUUUUACAAAUUUGAAUUUUAUUGUAGUUUUUUUAAGUUGUUAAGCGCUGUUGAUCAGUGAAUGUAAAUAGCGCUCUAGAAAUUAUUAAAUUAUUAUUGUUACUAUUAUUAUUAUUAUUAUUAUUAUUAUUAUUAUUAUUAAUGUUAAUUUGGCGCUUAGAUAAUCCACACCAGCAAUUACAUCUUGAACACAGAGAGCAGUCAGAGAAAUCAUCUUUUUCUUCUAUCAUUUCACCUUGUAGCCUUAAAGAAAACUUCGGUGGCGUUUUCUCCCUGAAGCUCGGAAGUUACAACUUCGUUAUGGCUUCAACUACUGAUGCUGUCAAAGAAGUCCUCGUAAAGAAGUCGGCUGAUUACGCCGGAAGACCACAAAUGCAUGUUUUUUACACAUCCACCCUGGGUAUGUUACACGGGAGAUUUUGUAGCCUAAGAGCAAAAGCCGGAGAGGAGAAUGGAAAGCCUGUACGCAUGGCUUUUGAUUUUUUAAUGUCGGCCCUUUCGGUGUGUCAAGAUACUAUCCAAUAGGAGGGAGCAAAACUGAUCCUCGCCCCAUUCUUCUCGCCGGCUCGCCCUGGCGGCUCCGAGGCCAAACUUUUCCCUAAACUUGUACAAGUGAGCUUGCUCGCAGGCUAGAGAUUUUGUUGGGCAAUUUGUUUCUUUUGCAUCUUUUAGCUACUGAGAAAAUCUAUAUUUUCAGAUCGAAACAAAGCAAAUAAUAAUAAUAAUAAUAAUAAUAAUAAUGAUAAUAAUAGGAUGGUAUAGUUCUAUGGAGGUGUCCCUUUGCCAGUUAUCAGGAGACAAGUACGAAGAGGUGUUAAAGAGAAUGUAGAGAUCUAUCAUCUCGAGUAGUUUUAACAUUGCCCAGACUUUUAAAGUUGUUGGAACAUAGUACAAACCUCAUUUUAAUCAUGAAAGACAUGUAUUUACCUUAAUUUUAAUCUCAUGAACGGAGGUUAAUGAAAUCUACAGACUUGGACAUUUAGAAUUUACUAAUUGUAGAUUUUUCUUAAAUUUAUUGUUUUAACAGUUUAUUUAUUGAUACACAUAUCAUAAUUUUUAUUUUAUUUAUGUAUUUAUCUAUAUGUGUAAUAUAUAUUUUUUCUGAGGCUGUUCCUUAGUGCCCCAGGGUCACGCCCCUGGUGGUUGUUGCUAUGUGACACCCAUACAGGUAUACUAUCAUAACAAUAAUAACUAGGUAGUUACACUACGUUGACGAUACUCUUAACGCUGUACACAAAGAGAGAUUGACGAUUUUCGCCAACACCUCAACCGACAGAACGCGGACAUACUGAGUUUGCGUAGGAGAACAAGGGAAAAGGUAAAAUACCUUGUUUUCUAGACUGCUUGGUUAACCGUGAGAAAAACAACAACGACAACAACAACAACAGCAAUUAACAGAGAACCAGCACGUACCGACAGAUUACUAGACCAGUCAUCUCAUAGCCUUGGACCAGGCUCCGCAGAGCAGUGGGGGAAAAGGCGAAAAAAAAAGAGAAUCGGCAAGAGUGAAAAAGUGAAUUUGAACAAACAUAUAGAACAAAGACCACUGAAUCCUAGUCUGCGGUUACCGGCACCCUGCAAACGACUUAUUGAAAGGCUCAAGCAAAACUAACAACAAUAGAAUGACUGAAUAACCACUAACCGAUACUUUCACAAUCAAUAAACGGCCGUUUUACAGUCUUCAUUGCCAAUAACAUCACGGCUUAAAUGACAGACGACCAAUAACAUCGGAACGCAAUUGACCAAUCAGGUCAAUAACCAGAGAUUAAUACCAUCAACUGAUGUGAUCAGUACAACUCACUUUGACUCUAACUCACUAUGACUAUCGCACACUAAAUCAGGCUGUCGAAACGUCAACCACCGUUAACAACAGUCCUAUUCAGGACUAUAUACACUCAUCCGGACUAUGAAAAGACUCCUGGUUUCAAACCUUUCACUCCAAUCAGGCUAUCUCAUCAGUGUCGAGUACAGAUGUAGUCGUUUAUCGGAGCUCUAAACAAUGGAAAUUUUUAAACUAUCACCCUAAAUAACGGUUAGAGAAUUUGCUUGUAUCGUAGAGAGUUUAAUAAGAGGAAAAAGUGACAUCUCAUUGCGGGUAGAAAGCAAGAUACAGUGGAACCACGAUACAACGGACAUCUAUAUAAGGAAAGCCUUGGUACAACGAACGAUACUCUUUGCCCCAGUAAUAUUGAAGUAUAUGGAAAAGAACCGCGAUAUAACGAAACCUCUUUAUAGUGAAGAGUCCCUUGGCCCUUCGUUAAUUGCGGUUCUGCGGUAUGCAAAACAAGAUAGUGCUCGUCGCUGCCGUUUAUAUUAAUAGCACGCAUCUUUAUUAUUGCAGGUGGAAAAGAUAUAGUAUUUGGAAAUGGACCUGCCUGGAAAUUUUAUCGCAAACUCUUCACCACAGCGUUACGGCAGUACCUCUCCAACUUUCCUUUAAUAGAGAGUCGUGUGUCAACCCAGGCUGUGAAACUGGUGCAGUUCAUUGAACAACAAGAUGGAAAAGCUUUCGAUCCUGCAGAUUGUUUACAGCGAGCCGUUGCCGACGUUAUAUGUGGAAUUACGUUUAAAGAGGGCACCAACACAUCGCACCCCGAUAUGGAUAAGCUUCUUAAGCUGAAUGUAACGUUUGCCGCAAGUGCUGACGAUGUCCAGAUGGCCUCCUUCUUGUCCUUUUUUCCGUGGGCAUGUCACUUGCCUUUCAAUGCUGCUGACCGUAUCAUCAAGCUUUUCUUUAAAAUGCACGCCAUCAUCCGCAAGUCGCUCAGAGAGAGAAUGAAAACUUUUGACCCGACCGAGCCAGUAGAAGAUUUCAUGUCAGCAUUGCUUAAAACCCGACAUGACUUUGAGGUAGAAUGUGAGACUGAUGAAGAGAGAUCUGCUCUACUGUCCGAAGAUCAUUUCAUUGCCGCCAUCGAAGACAUGUUUUUUGGUGGUUACGAAACCACCAGUACCACAUUGAGAUUUGCCAUUGCUUUUCUGGCUAGUCAUCCAAAUUACCAAGAGGCCAUUCAGCACCAGUUAGAUGAGGUACUUGGUGAUCGAAGACCUUCCUUGGAUGACCGUCCCAAUCUGCCUCUCGUUCAGGCAACCAUCUUAGAAGCAUUGAGACUUGGAAACGUGCUGCCGAUGGCGCUUCCCCAUAUCGCCCUCGUCGAUACAAUUCUAUGUGGCUACCGUGUUCCCAAGGAUACCGUCAUUUUUGCUAACACAGAGUCCGUCCAUUUGAAUCCCAAAUGCUGGGAAGAUCCCACCGUCUUUAACCCAUAUCGCCAUAUUGAUGCAGACGGCAAGCUGAUCACCAACCAAGGUAAUUUCUAUCCAUUUGGAGCUGGACGUCGGGUUUGCGCUGGUGAACCUUUGGCUAAAGUUGAGCUGUUCCUGUUUUCUUCGUGGUUGCUGCAGAGCUUCACAUUUCUUCCAGCUGAUGGCCAUCCUCCAAAAUCAAAGGCAAGUAUAAUUCAGUUUCCUGAACAUUACAAGAUACGUGCGAUCAAACGCAAAUGAACUGCUUUGGCGAGUCUUCUUUAGUACAUGACUCGCUUGCAACCGGACCCUAACGAAAUGAUGACUCAACUUUUAUCGAUACCGGUAACCCUUGGACCACGGGGUUGUAAAACUGUGUCGUGGCAAGAGGUUGAUGAUAUGUUCCAAAAUUCCGCCGUCUUUAAGCAAAAAUUUAUCCUUGCUUAAGAAAAUCUGCAAACACUAGUUUUUCUUCCAUGAAAAUAAGAUUUGUUAUAGAAACAAACUUUUCAUCAAAAAUGUUUACUUCAGGAAAGCUGGAAAAGGCCUGAAAGACAACCCUUACUAGUUAUUAUCCCAAAAUAAAUAAUGAAGCGUUUUUUGUGUAAACUACAAGGAAAUCUUUAAAAACGUUAAGAGACAUUCAACAUUCUUUAUUUGUUUUACGCAUUGAGUUUGAUGUAUCUCCUCGAAUAAUCGCCCGGGCGCUUAUCUUAUUAUUACGCUAAAAGGUGGGUCGCUUGUUUGAUAAUAGGGAGCUUAGCAGCAAAAAAAGUCACCCAAACACCCAAACAGUGAAUUCGCGCUGUUUCAAACUUCAUCGCUCUUUUUCCAACCCCUUAGAUUUGUCAAAUGCUGGCGAUUUUUUUCAGGAGUUGAAUUCCAAAGUACUGUAUCUAAGUUCAAAAAACAAAAAGAAAAUCUGUGGUACGUUGUCUUGAGUUCACGUCCUCCAUAAAACGUGAAAUUAGGAAGUUUCAAGUCGUAGUCGUGCAGUGACGGCAAAAAAAUGUACAAAAAAGCGUGAUGCACGUGCAAAGUUGUUGUUUUACCAGUCUCAAGCUGUUGCUUUUUUGCCGUUUUCGUUGACGUCGCCGUCGUCGUUGCCUAAGCUCCGUAUUAUGGUCUAGGGGUGGGUGCUUAUUCGAGAGAGUAGAGGUUAGGGGCUUAUUCGAGGAAAUACGGCAUCUAAUUUGACGCAGGUGAUGUUCGGCCUUUUUUUUCCUACUGUUUCAUCUGUCUGAAAUAUCUCAAGCUUUUAUCAUACAAUUAUCAUAUUUUAGAUCCUUUCUCACAAAGUAACUAUGAGCAUUAUUCUAACCCCAUAACUGAAGUAAAAUGGAGGCAUUUUUUAAUUAUUAAAAUAACCUUCCAAGGUGU